AUGCAAUCGUCUCGCCGGGGUGUUGUCCGCCGUCUCUUUCAUGGUAACUCUCUUUUCAUGAAGAAAGAUCAUCGUCGGUGGACAUGGGAAUCGUCCAAUGGCGCGACUCGUGCGGAGAUCGACCACAUACUCACCAACUGGAGGUGGUGUCUACUUGACGUCUCAGUAGUACCAUCCUUUUGUAGUGGUUCUGAUCACCGUCUCCUUCAUGCGAAAAUACGAUUUAGCCACACGAUGGAAAAGAACAUCUGCUAUCGGCAACAAAGGAGAAAAGAAGUCGUCUAUGACGAUUGCAUACUCGAGGACUCCUUGUCCCAAACUGACUGGCACAUCGAGGAGGACCCAAACGUGGACUACGAGAUGCUGCUCAGAGGAUUACGAGCCUGUGCUGAGCGUGCCUCGAAGCCGCGCACGACAAACUUGGAUCGAAUUUCGAAGACCACCAAGGAAUUGUUGGAAAGAAGAAGGGUCUUGAGGCUUGAUCCGAAUGCAUCGCACAUUGAGCGGUUAGUAGCAAACUCUAGCUGCAGAAAAGCGUUGCUGGAGGAUAUUUCGAAAGACAGGCAGAAGAAGAUUCUUGAAGCAGCACAAAGAAGAACGAGUCUAAAGAAGUGCUGCAGGGAUCUCCGCGAAUAUAAUAUUCCGCUAGCAGCCUUGCUGAGCGAAGACGAGACUCGCACGCCUUCUCGUCGUGAGAUGGAAAUCGUUACGAAGAAGUUCUACUCAAACCUUUUCCGUUCAUUAACUCCUGUGUCAAGCCCGAUGAUCCCCACUGGUGAAGCCCCACCACGGAUUCUCCCUUCGGAAGUACGAGUCGCUAUCAAGAGCAUGAAACCUGGCACAGCCCCCAGACCUGAUUUUAUAUCAGCAGGCUUUCUUCGUGCUGGUGCCCAUUCAUUUCAUGCAAUCUUAGCAGCGCACAUGACAUCCUACCUUCAGAAAGAAAUGUUCCCAGAUCUUGCGUUCUUAUCUAUAAAAAAGGUGACCGAGAGGACCUUCCGAUAUGCUUGCUGA